CUCCCCAUAUCUCUCUCUCUCUCUCUCUCUGCAACUGCGGCAGCUCCAAAGUGCGGCGGCUUCCAUUUUCUCUCGUGAGUUAUGUGGGCAGCGCCGACCCAAAUCCCCCUUCCCCCGUCGCUCUCCUGUUCCUCCCAUGGCACCACCAACUCGGACAAAUUCAGAAGAAAGUGGAACGAGCUGAGAGUGAGGUCCUCCUUCUUCGACUACCCCCUCGCCAGCCGAAUCAUCGUUCGGAAUAUACCCUAUUCUCUGAACGAAGGUAGAUUGCUCGAGGAGUUCUCUACUUUCGGACACGUCGCCCAAGUCGAAGUCGCCAAGGAUGAAGCGACCAAACGGUCGAAAGGGUACGCUUUCAUUCAGUACACCUGCCAAGACGAUGCGGUGCUUGCUCUGGAGAACAUGGACCGUAAGAAACUCGACGGCAGGAUGGUUUACGUGGAGCUCGCGAGGCCCAGGAAGGAAGCGUACGAUCGGCCUCGGACUUGCGGUCCUCCUCCGCCGCGCGAUGAUCAGGCGGCUGAGUAACGGUCGGGUCCUCUUGGGAUCCAACUGCCUUUGAUCGAGGCAUGUUCUGUGAUCG